AUGAAGCGGUCAACACGUUGGAUGAUUCUCCUCGUACAUUACAUAUCUCAACUACUGGGCAUAGUGGCCUUUUCCUACAACUAUGAUACGGGUAAAUUAAAAACAACUUUCGCCAUCACUUUAUACAGCAGCCUGGUAAGUGUGCUGAUGUUUAGUUCGGUGGCUUUACUGUUUCGUAUACAGUGGAAGCCUAGAAAUGCCAAUGGUCCUGAAUUGCAUUUCAAAAUCACUGCCUUAAUGUGUUUGAUACGCAUAGUAGCCGUUUUAAUUACGGUGCUGUUGAAUUGGUCUAAACGCCAGGAGUUUAUAAGAAGCAUAAGAGAUUUUCAACGUUUGCGACAUAAUCUGUUGCAGAAAUUUGUAAUGUCUUCAAAAGUACAGCAGUAUUUCGAGAAAUCUAUAAGAUCCAAGUUUUAUUGGGGUUUGAUAUCGAAUAUUAUGAUAUUUGUUGGUUCAUAUGACAUAUUAAGGGGCAUUUUUGAUCUCGAGUCGCCCAUAAUUAUAACGGGUUUGGGAGCUAUGUCCACUGUUUUGAAUGUCAUAAUGACCCAUUACUUUUUCGCUUUACUAAAUGUCAAUGCUCUUUUGGCAGUUGUCAAUGAGGAGGUCAAGAGAAUAUUAAAUACCUCCUCACAGCUGUUUAAGCUACAACGUUUGAAACAAAUUAAACCGGGUGCCUUAAUAACGACAUGUUGCCAGUUGGCCGAUGAAUUGGAUGUGUUGGCCAUUAAUCAUUAUAAAUUACAACUUUUAGGAGAACGUGUCAAUCGUUUGUAUGGUUUGCAGGGUUCUUGUGUAAUGUUGACUUUAUACAUGAAUAAUAUCAGUGUUAUUUAUAUGACCUAUAUGAUAGUGCAGCAUGAGGAUUUGUCGCAGCAGUUGGGCAUAUUAUGGACUGUGAUAAUUUUAAGCAUAUUAUUGUUUUUCUUUUAUAAGGAUUUGUAUUUAUUUACAUUAAACAUGCUGAAUUUUGGUGAUUAUGUGCAGAAAACGGCGGGUUUGUUGAAAAGUCGUCAACCCUGGCUGCCAACAUUGGAUGAGAGAUUUGAGAAGAGUUUAAAAGACUUUUCCGUACAAUUGGCUUUAUUUCCUUUAGAAAUGAAAUUGCUGGGUUUAUUUCAAUUUAAUCGUUCCAUGUCAUUUGCCACCUUCGGUUCCACCAUAUCGAAUGCCAUUGUUUUAAUGCAAUACGAUUAUAAAUAUAGUAAAAAUUAA